AGACCCCCUCAGGACCAUUCAGGAGGUGUACAGUACCUGGUCAAAUAGGCCUUCUAAUAAACGUCAAAAGAAAGCAUUAAGAGUAAUCCUAGUGCAAACCGUGUGCUGCUAGCCAUCAAAGAACAUAUCCACACGCGUGGCAAAAUUUCGAGAAGGCUCAAAGAUUUAAAGAAGGCUCAUCUAAAUAAAGGAGGGUUAAAGUGACAUUGCAGCAAAUUAAUCCUGUGCUAUCCUUCCAUGUGACUGGAGUGAUACUGAGGCACAGCCUUUCUUUUGCUGAUGCACAGAUUAUGCUUCACCCAGCAUCCUACAGCAUCGCUUGUUUGCAUCAGGCCAGCAAUGGAAACAAAAGAAUGCAGCAGCAAGCACUUUUACUGCAGGGCUGCAAGGUCGGGCAUUUUCGAACCUCAGUGAAAACUUUGCCUAAUGAAUGAAUCAAAAGAAAAUCCAACUUUCAGGCUGGGACCUGAACCAAGAUCCAAGGGCUGCUUCGCUCCCACGGAAGGUCAGCAGUCCGCACUGAUCUGAAAGCCUUUCGACUUCUUCAAAGCUGCUGACCUGCUGGUGUGACCUGUACCUAUCAAAGUCAUUUCCAGGGCAGCAAACUAAAGCCUGAAAUUUCAAGUGUCAGCUGUACGGCAUUUGUUUGUGCUCCAGAGAAGAGGAACAGCUCAUUUUUGUACAUGCAUGGUUUUCCACUUUGAUUGUGAAGGCUUUUUUUACCCUUAAAGAUCUUGCUAACUGGAGUUGGACGUAACUGACUUUUUAAUUGUAUUUCUGAUUUUUGGACAGAGCAGAAAUGCAAAUAAAUGCAGGUUUGGUUCCUAAAUCAUCCCUAAACUGAUCCUGUGACCUUCAAUAUUUUCUUUUUUUUUUGUUCAGAUUAUCAAAGCAUUAUGCCCAACAUUGUAUUUCUGUACAGAAGUAUUUUACCUAAACCUUCUAUUGGAGCAUCCUGUUGAACCAAAUGGGAAGUUGAUUAUUCUGUGGACUAUGACAACAGGAUAUAUGAAUGGAGGUGGUCUGGGAAAACAGCGUUAUGCCAGGUGGAACCGGGAGGACAGCAUGGAGGACUUGGUACGGGCUGAGAGCUAUGGGGAAGACGAAGAGGGCAAACAGCACAGACUGACCCCAUUCGAGAAACUAACCCAGGAUAUGACCCAGAAUGAAAAAGUGGUGAAAGAGUUAACUCUGGGGAAGAGGAUUGGCUUCUACCGAGUCCGAGGGGAAAUAGGAAGUGGGAAUUUCUCACAAGUGAAGCUUGGAAUUCACUCUUUAACCAAAGAAAAAGUAGCUAUUAAGAUUCUGGACAAGACAAAAUUAGACCAGAAAACUCAGCGCUUGCUGUCCCGGGAGAUUUCCAGCAUGGAGAAGCUGCAUCACCCGAACAUCAUCAGACUAUACGAAGUAGUGGAGACACUGUCCAAGCUGCACCUGGUAAUGGAGUACGCAGCAGGAGGGGAACUCUUCAGUAAGAUCAGCACAGAGGGAAAGUUACCAGAGAUGGAAAGUAAACUAAUCUUCUCUCAGGUUGUAUCUGCUGUGAAACACAUGCAUGAGAACAAUAUCAUUCACCGGGAUUUGAAAGCAGAAAACGUAUUCUAUACCAGUAAUACUUGCGUGAAAGUGGGAGACUUUGGCUUCAGCACAAUAAGUAAGAGAGAAGAAACACUCAACACUUUCUGCGGCUCUCCUCCUUAUGCUGCUCCAGAACUCUUCCGAGAUGAAAACUACGUUGGUGUUUAUGUAGACAUCUGGGCACUAGGCAUCCUCCUGUAUUUUAUGACGACUGGUGCCAUGCCAUUUCGAGCAGACACAGUGGCCAGACUGAAGAAGUGCAUUCUUGAUGGAACGUACAGUUUGCCCCCAUCCCUUUCAGAACCUUGCCAGAAACUAAUUCGAGGAGUCCUUCAGCCAGUGCCGACUGAACGAUACUCAAUUCAACUGAUUAUGAGCAGUGAAUGGAUGCAAGGGACAUGGUAUCCACAACCACUGGAACCAUUUAAACUGGAUCCAAAGUAUUUAUCAGAGACCAAUACACUCAAAGAGGAGGAAACUGAAGUGAAAAGUAUUUUAGAGGAGUUGGGAAUCACACAAGAACAUAUUCACAAUAACCGGGGAAGGGAUGCUCGCAGCUCAAUAACUGGUAUCUACAGAAUAGUUCUGCACAGAGUACAAAAGAAAAGGGCAUUGGAGUGUGUUCCACUUGUCACACAACCAGACCCCAAGGAGCAGGACGUAAAAAGGGGGUCAUACCAUGGCUUCAGACACACAUCCAAGCUGUGUUCUAUUUUAUAGAGUGCGUUGCAGGCUUUACAUUUAGUGUUUAACACAGGGUUUUUACUCAUUUUUCAUAGUAAAUUCUGCUGUUACAUUUUUGUAAUUUUUAAAUAAACUUAAAAUGAUGCCUUCAUUUGCAAAUGUGUUAUUCCCACCAGACAAUAGGCAUGCUUACUCUGACUUCUAACAGACUUAUUUGUGCCAGCAUCUUGUCCCCAUGACCGUUCACAUUUAAAAAUAGCCCAGCUGAUUGUAUAAGAACUACAUAUUGCUUAGCAAAGGUGUUUUUUGUAAUAAAAAUGGAGCAGAUCUGUACUUUACACUGGGGAAAAGGGUAACUAUUUUAGGCUCAGGUCACCACUGUACAGGAAGAGACAAAAAUAAAAAAAAUCUGAACAGCGGUGAAUGUUUACUCGUAAAGAACCUACAGCUGCACACUUAACCCUAGAAUAAUUUAUAAAUGGCUGUAUAUUAGGACUUCACUGUUAAAUAUUUAUACCUUGACCAAUAUAAACAAAGCUAUCAACCUCCCUUACCUCCACCCCCUCUCUUUGUGCUCCAAAGUCCAGGAUCAGCACUUUGAAAAACCUCAGCACUUUCUCCGAUUUAUCUAGCUGUAGCAAAUCCCAUCACAAGUUCAAAGUUCAUACCUUGCAAGUAGCCCUUAGCAGUCACAAACCAUCUUGCAUGAUGAGUUGUACUGCCAUCUACUGGUCUCUUGAAUGAAUGAGGUGUUAAUAAAACAGCUGAAACUUCUUGAGCAGAAAACUAUUUGCUACCCAAGCCUACUCCAGCCAUAGACGAGGGAUAUUACAAGCACACCGUGACUUCAGACAUCUGUCACUUGACAUUUUCCUGCUUCAACAUGUGUCAUCUAAGUAGUCCAAUGCUGCUGCAAUGCAAAAGACCUGAGCAAACAUGUGUCUUAUUAAGACAUGAGUGCACCACAGACUAGUGCUUCUAAUAUUAGUUGCUACCUCAGGCACAGUAACCGGAAACUAUUUUGAUAUCAAACUACUACAAACCACAAAAACACCCAAGCAGGAUUUUUUUUGGUACUUAGGCAGUAGUCUCCAAUACAUUCCUCCUUGCUUUAUUUAAUCCAGUUGCUUUGUGCCCUGUUAUGAAAAGGCUGCACUCUGAAGACCCUAAAUAAAAAGACAGGAGAACAAAUAGAAUAGCUCAACCUUCUGCUUUCACCAGAUAUGGUCUAUUUUCCUUUUCCCCUUCCAGCACUCUGUUUAAGUGCAAAUGGAAGAGAUGUUUCUCCAGUGACUGUACACCUAUGAAAUGGAACUCAAAGUAAUCACACUGGCACACAGAAACCAUCAUUCCUUCAGGUAAGGUAACUAAAGGACUGGAACAGGGAAAAUAUGUUGCUGGGUUUUCAAAAGCAGGAUUGCUAUAUCUGUUACCAUUAGAUCUAUGUGAAAUACUGAAGUAGUACUGCAAAGUACACCCUAGAAUCUACGUAUUUCAGUUUACUUGCCUCUU